AUGGCAGACUCAGAAAAGGGAGCUCCUCCCUCCGGGGAGCAACAGACUUACCAAGACCCUCUCGUGGUGGAUUUCGAUGGCCCAGAUGAUCCUGAGAACCCGUUCAACUGGUCCACGGGAAAAAAGGGAAUUCAGCUUUUAUUGAUGGCUUUCAAUACCUUCAUAACUCCCCUGGCAUCGUCGAUGUUUACCCCAGGAGUCAGUGAGGUCAUGAGGGAUUUCAACAUUACCAGUAACAUGUUGGGCUCUUUUGUUGUGUCUGUCUUUCUUCUCGGCUAUUGUUUUGGUCCAUUUUUGAUCGCUCCUCUAUCCGAGAUUUACGGCCGCGUGCCACUAUACCACAUCUGCAACUGUUUAUUUUUGAUCUUCACCAUUGCUUGCGCCAUAUCUCAGUCUAUGGCGCAGCUCAUUGUAUUUCGCUUUUUUGCAGGUAUGGCGGGUGUUUGCCCCUUGACCAUUGGCUCUGGGACUGUCGCCGACAUGAUCCCGAAAGAGAAACGUGCCGGUAUCAUGGCCAUCUGGGCUAUGGGUCCAAUUCUCGGCCCUGUAGUCGGCCCUGUCGCCGGCGGCUUUCUAGCCGAGGCGGAGGGCUGGCGAUGGGUUUUCUGGGUGAUCACUAUCACUAGCGGUGUGAUGAUACUCCUGACUGUCAUCUUUUAUCGCGAAUCUUAUGCCCCGGUAGUGCUUGAGCGGAAGGUUAUUCGUUUACGCAAGUCAACUGGUAAUCCUGACCUCCGAUCAAUUCGCAAUCGAGGAGAAUUCAGCCGUGAGAUGUUCUUCACGACACUGGCCCGCCCAAUAAAGCUACUCUUCUGUUCUCCGAUCGUGUUUCUCAUGGCAUUACUCUCAGCCAUGACAUACGGCUAUCUUUAUCUCAUGUUCACCACCAUGACUGACAUUUUCGAGGGCAAAUAUGGGUUCUCCUCGGGUAUUGCGGGCUUAACAUACUUGGGCUUCGGUGUUGGAAGUAUGAUAGGACUUUUUGCUACGGGUGCUGGGGCUGAUCGCAUCGCUCGAGAUCAUAUAAAGCGUGGCUGCUUUACCCCGGAGUCCCGUCUCCUCCCUAUGGUACUCGGCUGCUGGUUCAUGCCUAUCGGAUUGUUCUGGUACGGAUGGUCAACCCAAGAAAACACACCCUGGAUCGUCCCCAUCGUGGGAACGGGUGUAUUUGCCUUCGGCUUGAUAAGCGUUUUCAUGUCCGCGAGCACCUAUCUUGUUGACUCGUAUCUACCCUAUGCGGCAUCUGUCACCGCCUCUAACACGGCUCUACGGUCCCUCAUCGGGGCUCUAUUACCGUUGGCAGGUCCGGCGAUGUACGAUGCCCUGGGAUUAGGAUGGGGAAACUCGCUGCUUGCCUUCAUCGCGCUGGUAAUGUGUUCGGUGCCGUUUAUAUUUUGGAAGUAUGGGGCCAGUAUACGCACCCACUCACGGUUCCAGCCAGAUUUGUGA